CGGCUUCACUCCCAAGCCAAGACCGUGGCUGCCUUCCAUGGGUGAUGAUGCGUUUCAAUCUCCAUCCUCGUCAUCAUGUCACAUCCACGCCAUCUUCAUCUCACCAAAAUGCUGUAAAUCGACACAAUCCUUCUUUUUAAACCACCAAAACACACCUAUCCUCAAGGUUGCUACCUUCACAUCGUCCCAAUGAUCUAAAUCUCACCAUCAGUGCGCCUCGAUUGCGCUGCUCAACAUGUCCUCCUCCCCCUCCUCUCCCAAGACCUUUCCCCAGUCUUCCGAAACCACUCCUCUCCUACAACGGUCCGAGGAUGCCACUUCAAAUCGACCCGCUUCUGUCAAUGAAUCUCUCGACUCCAGCUCUCACAAGCGGACAGAAAAAUGGCCCACAAUCAUUGCCCUGACGGCCCUCUGUCUCUCUGUUGCGCUCAUCUGUUUCGGCCUGACCCUCCCCUCGGCCAUCCAAGAAUAUGCCAAAGAAGGUCUGGUCUUUGAGCCAACAAAACUGUCCGUUGACUCUUUCACAGCCUUGGGAAUCAAGGCGAGGGUCCAGGGCACUUUCUACUUGGACGCCUCCAAGGUUCACAAUAAAGCGACAAGAGACUUGGGAAGACUCGGAACAUGGAUUGCUAGAGAGGUCGAGAGUGAUGAAUCGUCCGUCAAAGUCUACCUUCCCGACUACGACAAUGUAUUGCUAGGCUCAGCCAUCAUCCCUCCCAUCAAAGUCAAUGUCCGAAACCAACAUUACAACUACAUUGACUUCUAUACCGAUCUCGAGCCGGGUGACGUUGAAGGCAUCAGACAACUGGCAAAAGAUUUUCUCGACCACAAGAUUCAAGAAAUUUCAGUCAAAGCGAUUGCACAGGUUUCAGUCCAGAGUGGCCUCAUCAAGUUGGGCCAACAGACCCUCACCCAGUUCCUCCAAUUCUCCGGCGGUGACGUCCCAACCAUUCCUGCAUUCGACAUUCAAAAUCUUCGAUUUGCCGAGUAUGGCUUGCCCGGUCAUCCAGAUGGAUUGAAGGCUAUGGCUGCUGUGACGGCAAAGAAUGAAUAUCCUGUCAAUUUCGACGUCCCUCCCUUCGCUUUCGAGAUUCUCUUACCAGACUGCGAGGAUGACUAUCUCUUGUUUGCCACCGCUUCCACCGAGGUCAUACACGUCAAGCCUGAACAGAAUGUCACUGCCAAGGUUACUGCGCUCGUUUCACAGCUUCCAAAUUCGCUCACUUCAGCCUGCCCUGGGUCCAAAUCUUCCCCCCUCGAUAGUCUGGUUGCUGACUACCUGGCUGGUCGUGACACAACUGUUUAUAUUCGCGGAGGAAAUCAAGAUCCCGACACCCCCGAUUGGAUUGGGAACUUACUCAAGGAAACCACACUCCCCUUUUCCCUUCCUGGCCAUCCAUUUGACAACCUCAUCAAGAAUUUCUCCUUGACCGACACUCAUUUCUCGCUCCCUGACCCAGGCAGUGAAAAGUAUCCCAAAAUAUCGGCUGUUGUCAAAGUCCUGGUGGGCAUGCCCGCAGAUAUGGAGGUCAACCUGGAUGUCAACGAGGUACGAGCGGAUGCCCAAGUGUUUUACAAGGGUAAGCUAUUGGGCAAUCUCGACUUAUCGAAGUGGCAAAAGGCCAAUGCCACCAAGGUCGGUCGAGACCUUUUGGUCCAGUCCAUCGUCCAAGAGGCCCCGCUUAUUAUUGAAGACGAGUCCGUCUUUACCAAGGUGGUACAGGAAUUAUUGUUUGGAGACGGAGUUGCCCUCUCGGUGCACGCCGUGGUAGACGUGAAUACUCUGACUGCUCUGGGCGAAUUUGUGGUGCGCAACAUCCCAGCGGAGGGUCAGAUCUUUGUGGCGCCACUGGGAGGAGGAGGGUUCAAGAUGCCGGAAAUAAAGGGUAUGGAAAUCGUUGAAACAUCCGAACAUGCAUUAACUCUACAGGCAACGGUUAAUGUUACAAAUCCCACCGAGUACUCGGCCACUAUCCCCUACUGCAACGUGAGUUUGGUCGUGAAUGAAACCCGCGUGGGCUACGCAUGGGUCUCAGCAAACAUUGUCCCAGGACCCAACGAGGUUGUUGCCCAAGCAGCAUGGGAAGUGAGCAGCGUUGGCCGAGAAUGGUUGUCUCAAUUCGUUUCGGGAUAUAAUACGACAUUGACAGUACAAACUCACGCCAAUUCGAUCCCCGGUGUACCGGAUAUCGGCUUAUCCUUGACCAUCCCCACACCCAAGUUGUUUGGCCGUCAUUUCUUAAAAGAGACAACGAUGCAUCUGCUCUCCUCGACGGCCACAUUUGUCUUGGUCUCACCAUUUGCCCUGUUUAUCACGAGCAUUGCGGCAUCGGCAUUUUACAACGACACCGAGGUGGGCACCAUCACAUGGAAAUAUCCAUUCGCCAUUGAAGAGGGUGAGAAUACCACACCUAAGCUCCCGGUAGAGUGGGGAGGAAACGCUUUGGGCACGAUUCGAGAUGCCCUUGGAGGUACUCUCAAGUUGGAUGCCAGUGCAGAUGUCGGAGUGAGAAUUGGGGAAUGGAAUGAACAGAUCUGGUAUCAAGGAAAAGGCCUCGGAGCCAACAUUCGAUUAUAGAAGAUCACGUACAUGUUAUUUUGUGACAGAUACACACACGCGAGAUGAAUGACGAAAUAUCACCGAUAGACCAAGGCUGUUCUGAUUUACACACCGCCCAGACAAGAUUCCACAUCCAAAAAUCGGACUUGUCGGAUGGAGCAUAAUCACAGCAAACAACAGGGUUGGUUGAUGAGUGUCACACUGUGUACAGA